AUCACAUUUCAUCUUUCUUUCAAAUUCCAAAAAUCCAUUUCAAUGGCCUUCAACAGCAAAAUCAGUCGAUUGUGCCCCACACAGAAGCAGGGUUCUGCUCGCAAUUGCUGCCGCCUUCUUCAUAGACACAAGGAAAAGAUUAACGGAAAGAAUCAAGUAAAUUUGUCGCAGCGAAGCUUCAAAUUUUGUUUCUGUGGUUUUCCCAUGCUUUUUAUGGAAUUAAGUUUCAUGGGUUGAUAUGAAUUUGGUUGUUCUCUUUGUACGUCUGUUGCAGAUUAGUUUAAUCGUGUGAUUUUGGUGGAUCCCCCUUUUUGGGUUGUUUGAAUUUGAGGGCAUCAUGAAAACACCUCCUUCAUGCAAGAAAUUGAGAACCCCCCGUCCAAGAAAGAAUAAUGCCGAUCGGUUGAGUGUGUUGCCGGAUGAUAUCCUGCAACGCGUGUUUUCCUUUCUCGAUUUCCUUGACGUUGUCCGCACAAGCGUGCUCUCCAAACGAUGGAAGUCCAUCUGGAAAUCGGUCCCUUGCCUAAACUUCGACAUGGACUGGCAUUUGAAGCACCUCGACGUGAAGUUGGACAAACGCAGGGACCAGUAUGGCAAAUUCUGGGAUUUCGUUAAAUCGUCUUUGCUCCUGCGUGAUAACUCGACAAUCAACAAGAUACAACUCAGCUGUAGCAACACCAUGAUCCAGCAACUGAAUCUGCUGAUUUGUGUGGCCGGGAGGGAAAAAGUUCCAGAGCUCAUCCUUGUCGGUGGGGAUUACUCGUCUGACGAGCUUGAAUUCCCACGUGGGGCUUGCGAAUCAUUGACAUUUCUAAAAUUGCAUUUCCUACAUACUAUUACUUUGCGUGUUGUAGCCGUUUUCAGUAGCAUCGCGAGUCUUUCACUGAGGGGAGUUUGCAUAACUUGUGAUGCUGCCAAAAAGUUGUUCUCAGGUGGAUGCGUUAAGCUCGAGGAGGUGUACCUCGAGGAUUGCCAGAUAAAGGAUGUAGAGGAGAUUGAUAUAUCAGCUGCUAAUCUCAAGAGUGUAACAAUUGUGAACGUGUGCACUUGCAAGAAUUUUUGGGUCGUGUGUUCUUUCGAUUGUAAGCUUAGAAUUUCAUCUCCAAGCUUGGUGUCCUUCUGCUACAUAGGUCCGAUGCUCCUAGGUGUCUCAUUGGUGGAUACAGAGUGUUUGGAGAACAUCACGAUCCGCCUUCUACGUGUGCCUGAGGAGUACAACAUUAGCUUUGAGAACCACUUGCUUUCUCCUGCAAACUUUGUUGGUCUUAAUUUUGCAAAGACUUUGACGGUGUCCUCUCUUGUUGUCAAGUACUUCUGUCCAAAAUUUAGUGAUUCCUGGGACCCAUUUGUAUUGGACAACGUGAGUCAUCUAGAGUUGGAAUCGAGGUACGACGCCAGUUUUAUAGAAGGGAUGAUUAGCUUGUUGAGGUUUUCGCCAAACAUUCAAUCUCUUUUCAUCAGACUGAAGGAGGGUAGAAGGUCGCAGGGCAAUUUAAAGAAAGUUGAGAACAAAGGAUCUUGGGAAUCAAGGGUUGCGGAUAUAGCUUGCUUGACUGACAGUGUCAAAAUCAUUCAAGUUUCGAAUUUAGAUGGUUCAGAGAUUGCACUUGAGCUGGUGACGUUUUUUCUCCGGAAUGGGAAAGCACUUGAAAAAAUGGAAAUCAUGCACAGGAAUGGAGAGAGGAGGCGGAUGAGUUUCAGCAAGCUCAUAUCACUUCCUAAAGCCUCCCCAAAAGUUGUUAUAUCCUUCCCAGAGCAUGGUCAAAGAAUAAUUCCCUGGUUUGAUAAAGGAGACUCAGAUACAGAACUUGGUGACUGAGCAAAAGGCGAUGCUAAUUCCAGAUUAUGGUAACGAACUGUUCUGAAGAGGCUAGAGAGAACUAUUUUCUGUUAUUUCAUUGGACAACAGGGAUUUAUAUCUUUUCUCUGAGAAGACGGUAAUGAAUUGGUUUAUAUGGUACAUCAGUUUAUAUGGUACAUCAGUUAGAAGAAUUGGAGCAAAUUGGAAGACUAAAUGUUCAUGUUUUGGUACUUGAAAAUUUUAAAUCUACUUAGAAUUUUUCCCGAAUAUGCUUUUUAUUAUAAUGUAUAAAAAAUCCUUGUUCUGUUUAAUUAUCCUACCAGGCUUUUAACUGAGGUUAAGCGCUACUGUUUGGAGACUUUCUUAAGCCUAUCAUCCUUGGCUUUGUUUUGAUUAGGAUUUCUAACACAGGCAUUAUUGUAAUUAGGAGUAGUUAAAUAAUUAUCAUCUGGUGAUGCAGUCUAAUGACACGACACAAGAUACUGUUCUGAGAACCGGCCAGUCCGGUGCCUGGUUCACCCCUCAGAACCGCCGGCCAAUAACCAGUGUAGUUUUCAGAACCUUGAAAAGAUUCAGCCACAUUAUACAUAAUUAAAAGUAAUUUAUACAAUGGGAACUUCAGAUUUCUCCCCCUUACGCUAAAUUCGUAUUUCAAUGAAGCAAAAAUUUUCUUUAUGUUAUAUUAGUUAUUUAAAGACCUAGUUUAGGAGUUCACGUUAUUACUUCCCGUCAUUUGCUUAAGAUUUCCUGUACUACUCACAAUUGACGUAGCUGGCUAAAUAUUCUAUCAUGAUCAUAUCAUCAGGUAUAUGUGUAAAAGAGAAAACCAUCUAAUUACCCAGGGAUAUUGAAGUUUGGUUGCCCCUUUUGGCAUUUCACCCCUUUGAUCUUUACAAAUGCAGUUACGUGCAAUUUGUGUAUAAUGAAUGGGAUACUUACAUUUUAGCCUCCGAACGACAUUCUAUUUCACAAAAAAAUUCAACUGAAAUAUGGAUCCAAAAAAAUAUCAUGAUGGGAGUUUCGUUAGUAUACUUAUGUUGUAUAAGGAUAUAACAUUGAACUCAAUUUCUACCAAGCAAAGUCUUUCCAUUGCGGUUCUAUCAUGUGAAAGCUAUGUGAUAUCUAGGGCAAGUGUUGUCUUGAGAAAAUUGCCAUUUGUUCCCCGAUCUUUGACCAUUAUUGCCACUUGUUGAUAUAGUAUUGAGUUGCAUGCAUUUUCUUGGUCACAUUCCUAGGUUCCAUGUUAGCUUGGCCCCGCCAUCGUAUUUUGAUUUCAUACUAAUCCAGCUCAGUAAGAAAUAUCAGCGAAAUUGAUUUCAUAUAUUUAUGCAUCAAGUGCUAAUUCUAUUGCUUCUUGUCCAAGAAUAUUUAUGUUUGCUAUCAUAAUAGAUAUUCAUCAAAGUUGCUCCUGGAGGCACAACUAAAUGAAAUAUAUUACAAGCAAAGAUAGUUGCUACUUCAAUUGUGUUGCAAAUUCUGGGCUGCUAUUUUAUCUAGGGCAAGCUAAUGAACACUUACUUUUCAAAUUAGGAAUUUCAGCCGUGUCGUGUGCUAUUUCGUCGUCAAAAUAAUUGUGUUUCCACGUGAGACUCCCAUGCUAGAUGACAAGUUUAGUACUUUUGUGGAGAAACUGUUAGUGGUAAACAUGGAUUUUUCCACCUUGUCUAAACACGGUCAAAUCCAUUACUAGAGAUUUGCGCAUGUGCAAUUGAUCAACUUAAAAUUUUUAUGGAUUUAGAUUCCUUUGGUUAAUAUAGUUAUGUGCUUUGUAUUUUUUUUGUUGUCAGGAUACUCUGAAGAAGACAACUUUUGGAGUUUUCGGGCGUAUUGCCUCAAUUGGCAAAUGAACGCAUUUUGGUUGGUAUAUAAAAGGUUAACAACGGUGGAGAUGCAUUAUCGCACGCAUGCUAUUCUGAAUCUGGGCUUGUGAGAGAUUGCAGACAAGCUAAACCAAAGAAAUUUAUGCAUCGAUUGAAAGCAGUUCAGUUAGGCUCUACACACCAAUUUCUGUUUCUAAUGUNUGUUUCUUUUUUUCUUCUUU